GGGCACAGGUGGGUGGCACUGGUGGGCACAGGUGGGUGGCACUGCUGGGCAAACGUAGGUGGCACUUCUGGGCACAGGUGGGGGCACUGCUGGGCACAGGUGGGGGCACUGCUGGGCACAGGUGGGUGCACUGCUGGGCACGGGUGGGCGGAGCUAGUGGGCGCACUGCUGGGCGGAACUUGCGGGUGUCACUGCUGGGCACCGAUCAUCAGGGCACUGAUCAUCAGUGCCCUGAUGAUCGGUGCCGAUCCCCGCUCUGACAACUGCCGGUUCUCGGCAGUACUUUCCUCACGAUCUGACAGCGUGAGGAAAGUGCAGCCGAGAACCGGCACUUGC